AUGCGUGCUGCACUUACCUUUCAAUCUGUGGACCGUUUAAUGAUUCCUUCAGAUGUCAUGUCUGAUUACUACAAAAUUUUGGAGGUUGAGUAUGAUGCAACAGAUGAGAAGAUAAGAUUAAAUUACCGAAAGCUUGCGCUGAAGUGGCAUCCUGAUAAGCACCAGGGUGAUAGUGCAGUUACUGCAAAAUUUCAAGAGAUCAAUGAAGCUUACAAAGUGUUGAGUGAUCCAGCUACACGCUUUGAUUAUGAUUUAACUGGAAUAUAUGAGAUUGAUAAGUACAGUUUGCGGGAAUAUCUUGCCAGAUUUAAAGGAAUGAUACUUACAUGCAAUGGGCUUGGUAUUAGUAACACAUCAAUAUGGGUGAAAUUACUGGAAUUGGAAUUCUGGGGAAUGUAUGGACGCACUAAUUUGUAUAUUGUGGAGAAAAUGGAAAUUAGAGUUAUCUACUUAUAG